UUAGACAAGCAAUAAAAAACCAAUAAUUAUUAGAUGUGUUGCUACCAUCGUAUUCCUAUAGUUGCAAUGUAACAAAUAUUCAUAGUAUUCCUAACUCUUUUGAAUGAUUGGCAUUCAUGUUGUUUUUCAUUGAUGAAGGCAACACUGAUUAGAUUAUUUGGGAAGUUGACUUACAUAGACUUCACUACCGUACUUUGUCAUGGCCAAUGUAAACACAUACUGUAGUAUUGUAAAUUCAACUACAAAGAAAGAAGGAAAAACAGUCAUAAUUGCUUAUGACGGAAGUGACUAUGCCAAGUACGCAAUGAAAUUUUAUGCUGAUUCGUGCUAUACGCCAACAGAUCAAAUAAUAGUUGUUUACUGUGUCGAACUAAGUGAUAUUGUAGCUACAGAGAAAACUAUAAAUGGUUUAAAUGAAUCCUGUGCAAAUUUCUCGAUUGAUCAUGAGGUUUUAAAGCAAUUAAUUGAUCAGGAAAUUGAAAGAAUAAAAACCAGAUUAAUUGAAUUUGCUGUUUACAUGAGAGAAAUAAAGUUAAAUGGUAUAGUGAAAAGCACUCAAGCAAGUUCUCCUGGUGAAGGUGUGUUGAAUUUAUCCAGAGAAUUAAAUGCAGACAUGAUAGUAACCGGAUGUAGAGGUCAUAGUAAAUUACGGAGAACAUUUCUUGGAAGUGUCAGUGGUUUCAUACUACAUCACUCGCACAUACCCGUCAUGGUCAUUCCACAUCAUAAGGAAAGCCAUCAUCAUAAACAUUAGUAUUUAUUAUUACGUGUUUGUUACAUUAUGCUGAUCACGAUACAGCUGGAAAAAAAACUCUGUUUAGUUCCGUUAGUUCAUUAACAAACACUUUUGAGGAUAGAAGUUUCAUUGGCAAUCACUCUAUUUCUGUUUUUACGUACAGAUAAGGAUACAAAUGUGUGUAUAUGUGUGUAUGUAUAAGUGUGAGUGUUUAGGUUUGGUUGAUUAAAAUUAAUGCAUUUUCUCAAUGUACACCAGUUUCUUCUUUGUGUUGAAUUUAUCGUUUUAAGUUUAGUUUAUACAGUUAACAUAUAGUGACAUCUAGAUUUCGACAUUCAAUUAUUCUACCUCUUAAUACAAUACCUCAAUACCUACAUAUAUUAUACUGGAGUGAAAUAUCCCGGCUGUUUGUGUAGUUUGAAUGGUUAUCUUAAUAUUCCAUAUCCCCUGAGAACAAGAACGGAAAUCCUAAUGGUAAUAAAUGUUGAAAUCAUAACAAUCCAGUAUAAUAUAAUUUUUAUUUGGGCUUCACAGGGGAUCAAGGCUCAUAUUCCAUGUCAAUGCUCUUUAUCCCCUGUGAAAAUCUCGAAAAACAUGUUACAUUAAUUUUAUAUAAAAAAUGUAUAUAUAUAUCUAAAAAUAAAUGAAAAUUGUUUA